AUGGCGGAGGGCAGUGGAACAAAGAGGAAGCGGGCUGAUGAGCCCUCUGCUUCCAAGAAGAAGAAAGCUUCCGUAGCCGAGGCGCCCGCUCCUCCAGCUACCAUUCGAGUUUCCAAGGUCGUCAAGCCUCAGUUCUCUCCACCAGUGAUCGCCACAACACCAGGAAUCUGUGUUGGCAACUCUAUUCAAUUCGAGUCCUAUACGCAAGCGGCCAAGCCCAGUUCUCGGAAGCGACAAAAUGCGGCCGCUCUGGGCGACUUGCUCCUGCAUUCCUCUUCACAUCGGACGCUGGACUACACGGGGCGAGAAGAUGGAGUCAAAGGCGCCGAGGCGCCUUUACGACACUACAUUGGGAUAUUUGAUCCGACAAGUGGAGAGCUGCAGGUCGUGGAAGCUCGCAAGAUGAUCAUCAGAGGCGCUGUUCGAUCGCAGCAGGCUUCAGCAGACGCCAUGGCCGACCACACUGGCAAACAGUCUGCUAUGGAUCUGAAGAACGACCUUGGCCAGACCUUCGGCACGAAGAAGGCGAAGAAAGCGAUCCUGUCUCAGACAGAGAAUGCUAUUGCGCCGAAGCGACUGCCCGGAGAUACUACCAAGCCCCAGAAGCUGGGCGCCGCCGAAGUCGCGAUGAUGGACUCACUGAAACAAACUACAUCACAAAUGGCGACCAAAGAGCAGCUACAGGCGGCAGUGGAUCUAGCGAAACCCGUGCCCAAGGGUAACUACGACGCCGACGAGAUACAGGAUGUCUAUGUGCCGGAAGAGAUCAUAGGGACCGAAGUCCUGAACUCGAUCCCCGUCCGUGAUUGGCAGCAAACUCUGAAGGAGGGCCAGGCUAUUCAACUGCAUUCCCGGUUUGUUGCCCACCGUAUGAACCGGGUGGCGGCUCAUGAGGACGCGCUACAGCGUCUCCGCGUGCUACGCUAUUUCUAUUGGCUCCUCGAAUUCUACCGCUUGGCAAAGCCCGGAAAGCCACGAGGUACGAUGCGAAUUCUGCCCAAGGACAAGCUCAGGAGCUCUCUGGCGGGGGCACCGGAAAAUGUGGUCGAUAAUCUUCGCCACAAGUUCUCGGAAAAUGGGGAGAUGCGCAAAUUUCACAUUGAUCUCUUGAUGACACACUGCUGUGUCUUUGCCAGUAUCAUCGAUAGCUUCGAUGUAAACACGACUGAUCUUAGGGAAGAUCUCAAGCUGGAGCAGAAGCAGUUGAAUCAGUACUUCAUGGAGAUCGGUGCCCGGAUGAGGCAGGUCAAGUCGCCUGGGAGGACGGAUACCGUUGCGAAGCUGGCGUUGCCCUUGAGCUUCCCCAAGAUACCACAGAGGCGCAGGUAG